AUGGGACAUAAGGAGGGGUACUGCGGUUGCUUCACCAAGCCAUCAAGCCCGACCGCUGGUGACAACUCCAACCAGAAGAAGGGUAAGAAGCACCAGAAGAAGACCAAGUACCAAGCCAACAUCGUCCACACGGUAAGCCACACCGGUGCACUCACCCGGUUCGUCACGACAACGCUCAACGGUCGUCAAGCCACACUGCAGCUUGACAGCGGGUCACCAAUCACCAUCAUCAGUGAAGAGACCUGGAGAAAGGUUGGAUCGCCAUCACUCAAGCCAUCGACCUGCGAAGCACUCUCCGCAUCCAGAGACCCUCUUCCUCUGCUGGGGGAAUUCACCUGCCUCGUAGGUGUCAACGACGUCAUCAAGCCUGGGCUGUGCCGAGUCACGUCGGUCAAGGGACUCCACCUGUUCGGCUCGGAGUGGAUGGACCUCUUCGACAUGUGGACGAAGCCAUUGUCAUCGUUUGUCAAUCAGGUGAAUCAAUCCAAUUCUAACUCCUUUUCUGGAAAGCACUUCCUCAUGCGGUUCCCCGAAGUUUUUCAGGACACUCUUGGGCACUGCCAGAAAGCUCAAGUCAGCCUCCACCUGAAACCAGAUGCCAGGCCGGUUUUCCGACCCAAACGCCCGGUACCGUACAACGCCAUUCCUUUGGUCGAUGCGGAGCUCGAACGUCUGCAGCAGUUGGGUAUCAUCUCGCCAGUAGAAUACUCCGACUGGGCAGCACCGAUCGUUGCGGUUCGGAAGCCUGGUGGUAAAAUUCGAAUUUGCGCCGACUAUUCGACCGGGCUGAACGCAAUGCUGGAAGCACACAACUUUCCUCUCCCAACACCGGACGACAUCUUCUCGAAGUUGGCCGGAAGCAAGGUGUUCAGCAUCAUCGACCUGUCGGAUGCCUACCUCCAGGUAGAAGUCGAUGAAGCAUCAAAGCGGCUGCUCACCAUCAACACACACCGGGGCCUCUUCCAUUUCAACAGGCUGGCUCCUGGUGUCAAGUCAGCACCCGGUGCAUUCCAGCAGCUGAUGCACACCAUGAUCGCUGGGAUUGAAGGCGUCGAAGUGUUCCUGGACGAUUUCAUCCUGUUCAGCAAGACCAAGGAGCAGCACUAUGAGACGCUGUGCACUCUCUUCAACCGUCUACAGGAGUACGGUUUCCGCUUGAAGCUGGAAAAGUGCCAUUUCUACCAGGACGAAAUCAAGUACCUGGGGCACAUAGUGGACGAGAACGGACUACGUCCAGAUCCAGAGAAGACAGCAGCCAUAUCUUCGAUGCCGCGUCCCACUGAUGUUUCCACCCUGCGAUCAUUCCUGGGGGCGGUCAACUUUUACGGAAAAUUCAUCCGUGAAAUGCACCAACUUCGAAGGCCACUAGACCAACUUUUGAAGAAGGACGCAAAGUUUGUCUGGAGCGCCGAAUGCCAGCAAGCUUUCACCGACAUCAAGCGCAUUCUGCAGUCGGACCUGCUCCUCACCCACUACGACCCUUCGCUCGAGAUUAUCGUGGCGGGUGAUGCAUCCAAAACCGGCAUAGGGGCGGUCAUCAUGCAUCGCUUCCCAGACGGACGAAUCAAGGCAAUUGCUCAUGCUUCCAAGACGCUGUCGUCGGCAGAGCAAAACUACGGGCAAAUUGAAAAAGAGGCGCUCGCUCUGGUCUUUGCUGUCACCAAGUUCCACCGCAUGCUGUUGGGACGAAGGUUCAAGCUGCAGACUGACCAUCAGCCACUCGUGAAAGUCUUCGAGUCGAAGAAAGGCAUUCCCAUUCACACGGCCAACCGGCUGAAGCGAUGGGCGCUCACACUGCUCGGGUACGAUUUCGACAUCGAGUUCGUAUCGACCAACAAUUUCGGGUACGCGGAUGUACUAUCGCGGCUCAUCAGUAACCACGAACGUCCAGAGGAAGAAUUCGUGGUAGCAAGCCUCAACGUUGAGCCUGAUCUUCAAUGCGUUCUGGACAGUAACCUCGAGCAGUUGCCAAUCACGUUCCAAAUGGUCAAACAAGCCACGUCGGAGGACCCAUCGAUGCAGCAGCUCGUCCGGUUCAUCAAAACUGGGUGGCCGAAAAGCGGAAAAUCUAUUCACGAUUCGGCGCUACAAUCGUUCUUCCACCGGCGGGAGUCAUUAUCAGUAGUUCAAGGCUGCGUGAUGAUGAUGGAACGACUGGUAAUUCCGGAGUGCUUCCGGAAAAAGCUGCUGAAGCAACUACACCGAGGUCAUCCCGGCAUCGAGCGAGUCAAGGCCAUCGCUCGGGGUAGUAUCUACUGGCCGAACUUUGACGACGACAUCGGUGAGUACGUUCGCAACUGUUCCAGCUGUGCAAAUGCGCAGAAAUCUCCACCACAAGCAGAGCCACAUCCGUGGCAGAGCGCUGAAGGACCUUGGGAGCGCAUUCAUGUCGACUACGCUGGACCGACAAACGGGUUCAGUUAUCUGGUUGUGGUCGACUCGUUUUCCAAGUGGCCGGAGAUUUUCCUGACGAAAUCGACAACUGCUUCUACAACGAUUGGUUUCCUUCAAGAGGCUUUUGCCAGAUUCGGCAUACCGAAAGUGAUUGUGUCCGACAACGGAACGCAGUUCACCGGCUACGAAUUCCGUUCCUUCUGCGAGAACUUGGGCAUCAUCCACCUCCGCACCGCACCGUUCCAUCCCCAGUCGAACGGGCAAGCGGAAAGGUUCGUCGACACGCUCAAGAGGUCACUCCGCAAAAUCCAGGAGGGAGAAGGAUUACCAGCAUCUGCCGCUCUCCAAACGUUUCUGCAGGUCUAUCGAGCAACUCCAUCCAACCUGCUCGAGGGUAAGUCCCCUUCCGAGAUCCUGAAUGGCAGGCGCAUGCGGACUACGUUGGAUCUGCUCAAGCCUUCUGUUUCAACUCCACAUCCACCGGCAGCAGCCGGACCUUCCCGAACGCGACGAUUUUCUGCUGGAGCAACUGUUCUUGUGAAGGUUCACAGGAAUAACACCAGCUGGAAGUGGCAGUCCGGAGUUGUGAUCGAGGCGAUUGGGAAUGUACACUACAACGUACUUCUCGACGCACCCUCUGGACGGAAGCGACUGAUUCGGUCGCACAUCGAUCAAAUCCGAAGCAACGAUUCUGGAAAACAAGAAGAAGCGGAAAUUGAGCUACCGUUAUUUGUUUUGUUGAACGAUUUUGGAAUCACACCAAAUGCAAUGCCACCCGUGGAACCGCUAGCACCACUGAUGGUUGCGGAAGAUUCGUCGUUCUUGUCAGCACAAGAGCUACCUGACCUUCCUGAUGAGCGAAAUGAAUCCGUCAGCCGACCUGGACCUUCCAGCAGUUCUACACCGUUGGUACCGAGGCCAACCAGAACUAUCAGGCUUCCACGACAUCUUCAAGACUUCGUUCUCUCUUAG